AUGGGCACGUCCUCAGCCAGUAGCUCGCUAAAAUUCCAACCUGGCAUGGAGUUCUGCGUGACAAAGAUUGAUGACCUCAUCACCGACUACUUCAUCGUACGUCCAGACAAUUCCGUUGCGGUCGGCGAACUCUACCGUACCUACGUCGGGAUGGUGGUGGUGGCGGCGAAUCUGUUGUUGAUCUUAUUUUUGUGUUCCAGGCCGAGCUUACGGAGAAAGUAUUUUCUCUUUACUUGCGUGGCGAUUGGAGACACCUUUGAUGGGAGUUAUUUUCUUUUUCCAUCACUUGUUCGGCUCUAUACGAUGACUACGGGGACGUACACUAGACCCGCCAGUUUCUGGGAUUGCCUCCUCCGCGGGAAUAUGAUUUUCCGAAUAUUUGGAACGGAAUUCGUCGGCGUCAAUAUGUUCCUGCUUUCCUUAGAACGAAUUAUUGCUGUUGGAUUGCCGUUUUUCUAUAGAACCUACUUCAAAACCUGGACCCGAUUCGCUAUGGCGGGCGUUGGGCUGCUUUUUUGCUUGUUAAAUGUUGCUGUUAUGUAUGUGACGGCUUACCUCGACGAUCGGACCACUACUCAAGCUGACUAUUACUGUGGGAUCUCGGGGAGUGUGGUCCCGGUCUUUGCCCUCUACCACCAAUAUUUAAAUAUACUUACGCAGGGCAGUUCGUGCGUCCUUUCAUUUUGCGCCUAUGGCUAUGCUUUGUAUUCGAAAAAGAAGCUCGGGCUUGACACUUCGAAAGACAUGGCGCAAAUUCGCCCCGUUCUCGUCUCAAGUUGUAUAGCUUGCGUGUUGAUUAUCGCGAACAAUGUGGUGUAUCUUCUUAAAAACUUUUCUACACUCGGCGUCACCAAGGACACGCAGAAUAUUGUUGUCACGUGGUCGCCGGCCGUUUUUCAGGUUUACAAAUUCGCGCUUUACCUGAUGACUUCCAAGGAAAUGAGAAUGUCAUUAAAGCGAAUCGUAAUGGACGAAACGACGAUGGUCGGCGAAGUUACAAGAUUUCCACGAGGCUCACAAAAUGGAUUUCAAAACAAAAACGCGACCAUCACCGCGGUUACGGUAGCUUCGGCUGCGAGCGCAUUUAAUAGGGUCACGAAA